GGCGAAAUCCGCAUGACAACUUUUUGCUGCGAAGCUUUCCGGUCCUCUUUUCUGUCUUGACCCUCGUUUCGUUUCGUUCCUUCGCUGUCUCUUUGUUGCGCCCCGGAAGAGCACAUGCAGCGUCAUGAUGAACUUGCAACGCUCGUCUAUCGAAGUUGAGCAACGAGAAAACAAAUCCUCCUUCUUUCGCAAUGUCUCAACGAAAGCGUCAGUGUAUCAUUCGCGUGUACCAUACCUCAAAAGACUCCCCUUUCCGGCAAUCGCGAUCAUCGUGACGCUCAUUGCGAUCAAUUUGCUUGUAUGGGCAGCGGUCGGCAUCGUCUUGCAUUGGCACACACCUCUUAUAUCAACAGCAAUCCUCUCCUACACUCUAGGACUCCGACAUGCCCUAGAUGCAGACCACAUCUCCGCCAUCGACCUGAUGACUCGACGCUUGAUUGCCGCAGGUCAACGCCCAGUCACAGUAGGAAUGUUCUUUUCGCUAGGCCACUCAACAAUUGUCAUCAUUACUUCUUUGGUUGUUGCAGGAACUGCGGCGGCCGUAUCGGAUAAAUUCGACAACUUCGAACGCGUUGGCGGUAUCAUCGGGACUUCCGUGUCGGCCGCUUUCUUACUACUUCUGGGUGUCAUGAACAUCUACAUCUUAUACAAGCUCAUUGUCCAGAUGAGGAGAAUGAUCGCCAGCGAGCCAGGAACGGAACUUGAAGAGUUCAAGAUACAAGGGGGCGGCUGCCUCUUUCCAAUCCUGCAAAAGCUGUUCAAACUAAUCGAUCGGCCAUGGAAAAUGUACCCUCUCGGUGUACUAUUCGGUCUUGGUUUCGAUACUUCUUCAGAGAUUGCAAUCCUGGGUAUCUCAUCCAUACAAGCUACGAAAGGGACAUCCAUAUGGCUCAUCCUGAUCUUUCCUCUGUUGUUCACUGCCGGAAUGUGCAUGCUGGAUACCACGGAUGGCGCGCUGAUGAUGAGUUUGUACACAAGCACGCAGCUCGCGCGAGACCCGAUUGCCAUUUGCUACUACAGCAUUGUGCUUACCGUUAUUACAGUAAUUGUCGCGACAAUCAUCGGAACGGUGCAAUUUCUCAAUCUUAUAUUGAAUGUUGCGGAGCCCCAUGGUCGAUUCUGGGAUGGAGUCGAGAAGCUAGGUGACGCCUGGGACAUUGUCGGCGGUGCCAUAUGCGGUACAUUCAUUGUGUUUGGUGGCCUCAGCGUACUGUUGUAUAAGCCAUGGAGACGGCGGAUUGACCAGAUGAGAGUUCGCGGUGCGCACUUUGAGCCACUGUCACGUCACAACAGCGCACUCGUGACUGAUAGCGAUAAUUGAAGGCAAUCAAUCAGUAGUAUAAAAUGAUAACCUUUGAAUCUCGGUAGAUUGUGUAGUGAUUGUCGAGGUCCCAGAGCGCAUGUUGAGAUGGCAUGGCUUAAUAAGCAUACCCUUCGGUACAGCUAGGCCGAGAAGUGUAACCAGCAAUAGUGGAGCCGCAUCGCAACGGCGUGCGUGUUGAAACGGUUGCGCUUACAGGAUGUAGUAAUUUCCGAUCUUUAUCCUUCAUCUCAGCACCCUCUGCACUCUCUGCACACCACCAUGAAGCUCC